AUGGCCCACUUUGCUGAUCCGACCACAACCACCAGCGAUCCGACCGGCUCGAGCUCGUGCUUAUGGGCACAUGUUUCUGAGCGAGCCGGGACGACUGGGAGCUUCGCCGGCGCGACGUCGGGUACGAGUGGUGCUCGCACGGCGGCAGCGCCAUCAGCACUCGCCUCCAACUCGAACCGGUCAAUCGGGACCAGCAAUACAGCAGCAGCAGCAACGAACCCACCGGCUUCGCACCCGAUCCCACCCAACCCUACCUCCCCCAACUUUGUCAUCUCAUGGUCCAGGGAAUCCAAACUACCCUUGUUCCCCCUACCACCCGCAUCGGCUUUCAUAGGUCAGUUUUCCCGAGUUCCCCAUCCCAAUCCCCAUCGCGAGCUGCUCCUUCCGGGCUACGUCGGAUCACUGACGCCUCCUCCCUGGGUUCGUCGUUUUCAGCUGGAGCCGCUGCGGGUGCUGCAUCAAGAACGGUCGUAUCCCCCUUGGAACGGUUAAAGGUACGUAUGGCAUGCACUCACUCGCUCGAACGUUGUCGACCGAACAGAACUGGGGGGCUCAAAUUCGGCGAGCUGAUCGUCGCGAAACCCCUCCCCCCCGGCUACCCCACAGAUCAUUUUACAAGUCCAAGGUACAAGAGGAGAGUACCAAGGCAUCAUUCCUAGUUUGGCCAAGAUGUGGAAGGAGGAAGGCUUCAAAGGUUCGUGAUGUCUGCGCCCAGGGACGAACCUCGUCAGCAGUUUCUAACUCUUCUGUUGUGCCGCCUUCGCAGGGUACAUGAAAGGGAACGGCAUCAACUGUCUCCGCAUCAUGCCCUAUUCAGCCGUCCAGUUCUCGUCUUACGAACUCGUCAAAGGAUUCCUCGCAUCAAAUGGAAGCGAAAUCGAUACGCCUCGUCGCCUACUCGCCGGCUCACUCGCCGGGAUCGCCUCGGUCGUCUCGACCUAUCCACUCGACCUCGUUCGAUCACGUCUAUCCAUCGAAUCGGCCUCGUUGGGGCUGUCGUCGGACUCACCGAGAAAGAGCACAGGAAUAUGGAAGAUGACGGUCAGAGUAUUUCGGGAGGAGAACGGUUUCAAAGGCCUCUAUCGAGGGUUGACCCCCACAGCCGCCGGUGUAGCCCCUUACGUGGCGAUCAAUUUCGCCGCUUACGAAUCCUUCAAGAUAUACCUCUCCAACGCCGAAGGACAUCCACCGGGGACAGUGGAGAAAUUGUGUUGCGGGGCCUUGGCGGGGAGCAUCUCGCAGACGUUGACGUACCCUUUGGAUGUGUUGAGGAGGAGGAUGCAGGUUGUUGGAGUGAAGGGCCUGGGCUAUGAGUAUUCUGGGGCUUGGAAUGCGGUAUUUACGAUUAUCAGGAAGGAGGGGCUCAAGGGGUUGUACAAGGGUGAGUUUUGCGGGAGUCAUUAUACGAGAUUCAGGCUUGCGCGAAGUGUGCUGAUGGAGCUACGUUCCCUCACUGAUGGACCAAACGCAGGUAUUAUUCCGUGAGUGACACGUCCAGUGAAGAACGCAUAUAAUAUUUACUGACCGUCUCAAUUAUCUCGCCGUGCAGUAACCUACUCAAGGUCGGCCCGUCGAUAGGGACCAGUUUCGCCGUCUACGAAGCCACCAGGGAUGCGAUCGACCAUUGGCGGGAUCCUGAACCCGAGGAUGGUCAUGAUGAGGAGUGA